AUGAUUGCUGCUACCGUGUUCCUCGUGGCAGAGACGAUGUCAGAGAACGAUUUCGAUUACGUUAUGCCCGUACCAUUCUUUGCUCAUCCAUUAGACAAAUUUACUGUGGGUAAAGACGCUCGUGUGAUCAGUUGGGCAAAAGAUCGCAUGGCUGACAAUGGUACGGAAAGACUCAAGUACGUCACAUUGCCGAUUAUAGACAAUAAUAUGUGUAAACGAUACUGGGACAUCGACAGUGAGCACGUUUGCACGGUUGCAGGACUGGAACGAGACGCUUGUCAGAGUGACACCGGUGGAGCUCUCGCCGCAGUAGAUGUUAAUGGCCUGCAACGUCAAAUCGGUAUUGCAAGUUACGGAGACACACUUUAUUCCAGCGAUGCACCUGGAGUCUUUACUAAGGUUUCCGCACAUAUAGAGUGGAUUUACGAUGUGACACAUAUACGUACCCUGGGAAACGCGCUAAAAUUUUAUCCGACAGUCGCUUAUCCUGCGAAACUUGCGAGCACGGAUGCUUCGGGCGGACAGGUGUGCGCGGCUUUAAGUUUCACGACGCUCCCUCGAGGUUUUACGAUCAGCGGACCGGACGAAGGCUUGAUCCCGGAUCCCGGAAUACGGUGUUGGCUGGUUCCAGCGUCUAUCUGA